AUGUUUAAUCAUUCUUCUUCGGACGACUUAUGGUCCGAGAGUUUUUCCGAUUCUGUGGGAGAGACGGAGGAUGAGGAUAGUAUGGAGAGUAACAACAACAAUAAAGUUUCUUUGGAGGUGGAGGUGGAGUCUAUCGAAAGAAAACAAAGUCCUGGAAAGAUGAACAGUAUCGAGAAGAGGGAUAGUGAUGUUUUUUUCGAUAACACUACAGAGUCAUUCAAACAUCAGAAAAACAUGGAACAAAUGGGAAGUUUAGAUGCAUCAAUAGGAAAGGUGAGGGGCUCGAUGGAUUUUUCGAUGGAAAGGCCUUCUGUUAAUCCAACUUUGAGUAGACAAGUGGAUAUGAGGAAACACACUAAGUUAAUAAAGUUCAAGCAUGUGGUAGAGAUGGGUGGUCUUUUGAAUAAAAACCAUAACAGGCCCGGUAGGAGAUUCAAAAAUAAGGGGAAAAGUGUUGAGGUUCGUUCUCCGGGGGAUUAA